ACUCUUAAUCAUGCUCCGUCUGGCAAACGACAUUUGCAGAAGAAGGUAGAAGACGAGAUAGACCGCCUGGAAGAAAUAGGAAUUUUGACAAAAAUUGAAUAUAGCGAAUGGGGUACGCCAAUAGUUCCAAUUGUUAAGAAAGAUGGUACUAUUCGAUUGUGUGCCGAUUAUAAGGUUACAAUUAAUAAAAUUCUCAAAGAUGAUCGAUAUUUAAUGCCUAAUGUGGAAGAUAUAUUUGCUACAAGUAUGAUUGGUGGUAAGCUUUUCACAACUCUCGAUAUCAGAGAAGCUUACCUUCAUAUGCCUAUGGAUGAUAAUAGCGCCAAAAUCCAAGCUAUAACCACAACGAAAGGAGACAAGAACCUUAUCCGAUAUACCGGGGGUAGGCGUAUUUCUGGAUGA